UUCAAGGCCCGGCAGCCGCAAGCAUGGCCUGUCCAGGGGCCUGGGCGCCGCUGCCGGAGUUACCAGAGAAGAACUAUGAGUACCGCGAGGUCCAGUACUGGGACCAGCGCUACCGGGGUGCUGCCGACUCUCCUCCCUACGAGUGGUUCGGGGACUUCUCUUCCUUCCGUGACCUCCUAGAGCCGGAGCUGAGGCCGGAGGACCGUAUCCUCGUGCUAGGCUGUGGAAACAGUGCCCUGAGCUACGAACUAUUCCUUGGGGGCUUCCCUGAUGUGACCAGUGUGGACUACUCAUCAGUAGUGGUGGCUGCCAUGCGGGAUCGAUAUGCCCAUGUGCCCAAGCUGCGCUGGGAGACCAUGGACGUGCGGGCACUGGGCUUCCCCAGUGGCUCCUUUGACGUGGUGCUCGAGAAGGGCACGCUGGAUGCCCUGUUGACUGGAGAACAGGAUCCCUGGAACGUGUCCUCUGAAGGUAUCCACACUGUGGACCAGGUGCUGAGUGAGGUGAGCCGAGUACUGGUCCCUGGGGGCCAGUUCAUCUCAAUGACCUCUGCUGCCCCCCACUUUCGGACAAGACACUACGCCCAAGCUCGUUACGGCUGGUCCUUGAGGCAUGCAACCUAUGGCAAUGGUUUCCACUUCCAUUUCUACCUCAUGCAGAAGGGCAAAGAGCUCAGUGUGGCCCAGCUGGCCCUUGGGGCCCAGAUCCUCUCACCUCCUAGACCUCCCACCCCACCCUGCUUCCUCCAGGACUCAGAUCAUGAGGACUUCCUCAGUGCCAUUCAGCUGUGAGGCCAGAAGCAUGGUCCUCCUGCCUUUCUGCCCCAGGCUCAAGUAUUCGGAAUUCCUGACUCAGGGCUUAAGGUCAGGUCCAAAGUGCCCACAUCCCAGGGGCCUCAUGCCUAACUAAGACAGAGCUGAUGGGAGCAACCCCACAUGAAAAAAAAUACAGGCUAGGUCAAACUAGAUCCCAAAUCUCAGGUUUCUGACUUCCUUCUUAGGCUCCUCAGAUCUCUCCUGGAUUCCCCAACUUCCUCCCCCACCAUACUGAACCGUCAGUGAUUCAUCCCCAGGGGCAAAUCUCAACACAACCCCUGUGCAUGCCAGCCCGACUUGGAGACUUGCAUCCUUGGGGCCUGUUACUGACCCCCAUUCAACCUGGAUUUAUUCAUAGGAGGCUGCAGACUUUGAAUCUAGAUUGCUUCUGACCCCAGCUCCAGCCCCAACUCUGGUGACCUAUCCUGCUCAGGUUGUAUUAUUUACCCAAGGAGGCCACGCUGUAAUGAUGUUCCCAGGCCAGGCUGACCUGCCUGUGUUUACCUGGCAACGCUUCUCUGUCAGUUACAUGCACCUGAGAUUCCCAAGUAUCUGCUCCCCUCCCCAAAAAGAAUUGGAGCCAUUUUGGGCUGGCUCCUGUAGCAAACCAAAGCAGCAGCUACACACACACGCACACACAGGGGGGUCUGUGUUUAUUCACACACUCCUGGUACAGUGAGGAUGGAGGAACAUUUACAAAGGACAUCCCUGGGGUUGAGAAUAUCUCCAGGGCUAGGGCUACAGGUGUCAUCCAAAGAUGCAAUGCAGCCCCCAUUUGGAUUCCCAGGGGCAGGACGCAGGGGUCCAAGGUAAAAUCAGACCUGGGCCCUUGGAAGGUGAUACCUUGAGGGGAGGGGUCUGCCAGAGAGCCGCCUGGGGUCAGGCAUGGGCAGACUGGUCAUAUGGUUGGUUACCAUGUUGGGGGCUUGUCCCAUCCCAGCCUCAACACCCAUCCUAUCUGCCAGGCGCAGAAGAGCGUGGCCGAGACCGUGGGGGGAGGGCAUGAACCACGAGGGGAGUCAGUAAACAAAGAGUCGGAUAUAAAAAUACAAA